AUGGCGACAACCUCGACCAAGCUGCCGUCGAAUGGCACAAAUGGACAUACGAAAAGCUCGACUUCGCAGCACGGGAAUGUUGGCAUUGAUGAGAAUGGCAAGAAGACUUUCAUUCCGCUCGAAAAUAAUCCCGCCCUCCUUACUCCCCUCGCCCACCGCCUAGGUCUUCACCCUAGCCUCGCCUUCCAUGACCUGUACUCCUUCACCGAGCCGGAUCUCAUUGCUAUCGUACCACGGCCGGCAUUGGCAUUGCUGUUUGUGUGGCCGUGUACGUGGGGUGCUAACGAAUGGCAUGCGGAGGACGUGGUGCGGGAGAGAGAGGGGCUGAGCAAGGAGGCAGAGAGGUUGGGAAAGACGGAGCAGGAAUUGCUGGGGGAGGUAAAGGCGGGUGUGAAGGGGGUGCCGGUGUGGUUCAGGCAGGAUGUUGAGCAUGCAUGCGGCCUGAUGGGCAUCAUCCACUGCGCUCUCAAUGUGCCCGCCGCCCUUAUGAACCAGCUCGCCCUCGAUACAUCCUCCGGGACCAAGCCAAACGGUGAAGGCGCCACCACAGUCGGCUCACCGAUCCUCGCACCCGACUCCAUCCUUUCCACCCUCCGCUCAAUCUCUCUCCAACAUCAGCCCACCCAGUCCCCAGCCGACGUCGACGCCCGCGCUGCCCUCAUCAGCCAAUCAACCGAGAUCGAGAAGCUACACACAGAGGCCGCAAUCUCAGAUGGUGGUGGCAGCAACGUGCCGGCGUUGGGCGAGGAGCCGGGACAUGCGUUCAUUGCCUUUGUGCGGGAUGAGGAGGGUAGCGUGUGGGAAUUGGAUGGUGCUAGGAGUGGGCCGAAGCUUCUGGGGAAGAUCGGACAGGAUGAAGAUCUUCUCUCACCAGCUGCGUUGCAGCUGGGCCCGCUUCCGUACAUCGAGCGGCAGGCUGCGAGGAAGGAGGAGAUAUCCAUGGAGGGUGGGACGGUGGUGAAUGCGGUGGAGUUCAGCUGUACUGUCCUGGCUCCGAGCGAGUGA